AUGAAAGUUGUAUUUCAAAUUUCCAUUAUUUCUUUACUAUGGACUACUUGCUAUGCAUUCAAUAUUCAUGAAUAUGCUGCUAUGUUACCAGGUUUGAAACUACCUCCAAAUACCAAAACAAGAGUAUUAAUAAUCGAUACUUUUGAAGAUUUUUUAUGGGCCAAUCUGUAUGUCGGGUACUAUAAAGUAUAUAUGAAUAUAGACUUUUCUACUACUUUUCAUACUUAGCAACAGGUGCAGCUUUGGAAUUCACAAAUCCAAUUCCAAAAUCUGCUUUUAGAAUGAAGAACAUGAAACUUGAAAUUAGUAGAGGAGUAUAAGCAUUAUUUUGGGUGUUGUUAUCUGCAACUAUAUUUAUGUGGAAAAUCGAACCAUUAACACCUUAUUAUGGUUAUUAUGAGACACAUGAUUUUGGAUUGAAAGAAUGGCUAAUUGGACUUUUUGUGUAUGUUAAUCUUAUAAUAAUUAGAUAUUCAAUUGGAUUUGAUUUCUACUUCUAUGUUACACAUAUAAUUCUUCAUCAACCAUUCUUUUGGAAAUAUAUUCAUAAACAACACCAUGAAUUUAUUGAGCCAACUGCAUUUGCCUAAGAUGCAGUUCAUCCAAUAGAAGCUAUAGUAUAAGGCCCUUUAGGACAUUUCUUCCCAUGUCUCUUUUAUCCAAUUCCUCCAGUUUGGCAUCAGUAAAUAAAUCAACUAUAUAUUAGCUUUUUUGGAUUUUUGACUGCUGUUUAUGCCUAAGCCGCUCAUGAUGGAAGAUGGGAUCCAUUUGGACAUAUUAAUCAUCAUUUCUAUGUUACCUGCAAUUAUGGAAUUUGGGGUGUAUGUGAUAGAAUAUUUUAAACUAAUCAUUCCUCAUCAAGAUUCCCUGUUAGAUAUGUUCCUAGUUGGGAGAAAGAUGCAAAAAAAAUUAAAUGAUCACAUUAAAUAAUUCAUACAAACAAUCAACAUUCC